AUGGAGGAAGAGCAGAAAAACGAAAGUUCAAAAUAUGGAAUCAUUACUUAUAAAAUGCUCGAGGAUUUGGCGAUUCAGCAGGCACCGAAAGGCGAGGCUGGAAGACUAUUUCGUGAGGACGGGGUUAAAUUGGAGGAAGUCAAAGAAUUGAGGAUUGAAUUUUUGAAUAUUAUCAGUCUAGAGCACUUGUGGCCGAUGAAGAGCAUCAGAAAGCUCACAUUAUCCCACAACUGUAUUGAGAGAAUUGAAAAAUUGGAGGAUCUCGUCGAGCUGCGAGAAUUAGAUCUCUCGUUCAACAGGAUCAGUGUUAUGGAAGGGCUGGGGCAUUUACUUAAUCUCGAAAUACUGAUUUUAUCUGGGAAUGAUAUUCAGAGGGUCGAGGGCAUCGAUGAUCUCCACAAUUUGAAGAUUCUCAGUUUGGCGAAUAAUAAAAUCGACAGUUGGGAUCAUGUAAUGUACUUGAGGAAAUUUAAGCAACUACGUAGUUUGAAUAUUCAGGGGAAUCCCUGCAUGCAUCAAGACGGUUUUACAGAUUACGUUAUCGCAUUUAUCCCUCAAUUGGUCUAUUUCUCGUAUCGAAUGGUCACUGAAGAGCAGAAGGAUAAAUCUCGGGAAAUUCACCGACUUUCCAUCGCAAAAACUGAAGAGAGCGAAACAAAUCUUCAGCGUUCCGAGAGCAAAACUAAAGCGAUAGAAGAGAAGAAAGUGAAGGAUUUCGCAGCUUUCGUUGAGAAUCUGGACGACGGGGAAUUCUUCAAUUCGUUAUUCGAAAGGGACGAAGAGAAUACGAUGUUCAAGAAAAUAAAUAUGAUCACCGAGGGUGUUUACGAAAAGUAUAGAACAAAAAUCAACGAAAUAUCUCGUGAAAUCUACGAAUUCGGGAAUAGUAAACAAGUUGAGAGGGCGAAGGAACUCGCUAUGUUUAAAAAAACGGUCGAGGAUGAACAGAAUUUGGUGAAAAUCACUGCUAGAAGAUUAAUGAACGAGAUAGAAAAUCGCAGAAACCAAAUUUUAGAUGAUUUGAGAAAGAAAGCAAGCGAUAACUCAGACAAUCAUCCUGAUAACGGAACCCCCGGGAAAGUGUCAGACCAGGAGGAUUCCAUGCUGAGUAUUGAGCUGAGAGAAGCCCAGAAAACAACGGAGGAAUUCAACAGAUUCUUGUCGUCAAAAUGGACGAAAUUAAUGUACAAUGAAGUAGUGCUCCACGAGCAGAUGGGAGAUGUCCUAGAAUCCUUCACGAACAACAUGUCUGGGGCAAUUGGAGACUUCGUUGACUUCGUGAAGGAACGAUUCUCGCAAAUGCGAAGGGCUAAAGAGGAUUAUCGCGAGGAUGUCGAUAGGAUCAUCAAUUCGUACACUACGGGUAUCAGUUUGGACGGGGAGACGGUCGCCGAGGAUGUGAAAGAACUCCUCGAGAAUUCAGAAACUUUGAACGAUAGUUUAACGGCUUCUCAUGAACUUCGCGAGUACCUCAUUGAUUCGAGGGAAACAACGAUGAUCCAGCGCGCAGAAUCGUGGCUUCGUGAUUUGAUCGAUCAAAUUGAGUCACAUGAGAACAGUCGACAUCGCUCUAGGAUUUUGGAGAUUUCUCACUUUCUUCAGUUCCAAAGGGAAUCAUUAGAAGGUGUCUUCCAGGUUUUGAACAUAAAUAUUGAUAAAAGUAUUGAAGCGGAUGUCGCAGCUGCACUCGAUGAAUAG